CAAUAAAACAUCACUCUGAUCAAUUGAUCUUUACUUUUUGCUCGACGUUUCACUCAUUUUGCCGCCACAUCGUCGUCAUCGCAACGUUGUAGUUUUUCAUACGCAUCCAAAAUGGCUUCAAUAAUGAGAUCCCUCCGCCCAGUGGCCUCGAGGUUUGCUGCUCGCACCAGCUCCGGAGUUCGCACCCAGAACUUUGCAGUCCGCUCAUUCUCCGCACGAAGCGCUGCACCUGCAAAGAAGUUCACUACCGAGCACGAAUGGGUUGAUGUGUCGGAGGAUGGAAAGACUGGAACCUUGGGAAUCUCCGAUUACGCAGCGCACGCCCUUGGCGAUGUAGUCUACGUUGAGCUCCCAACUCUUCCAAUGGAGGUUGAGGCCGGCGAUACCAUCGGAGCCGUCGAGUCGGUCAAGUCUGCUUCGGACAUCAACUCCCCGAUCACAUGCACAAUCACAGAGGUCAACAACAUUUUGGAGGAGAAGCCAGGAACCAUCAACAACGCACCAGAGGAUACUGGCGCCGGCGGCGGAUGGAUUGCAAAGGUUGAGAUUGGAGAGCAGGGACUUAAGGAUUUGGAGGGGCUGAUGGAUGCGGCUGCAUACAAGAAGUUUUCGGCUUCGGAAUAAAUAGGGAGAUGGCUUGGGUAGAUCAGUGUAUAUCUGUUGGACAGUCGACAAUACAAAAGAGUUUUUGGCUUUAG